AACAGAAACCCGAAAAGCCCGCGAAAACCUUCUUUACCACCCACCAAAGAAGCACCGCUGCCCUGUAAUUACACACUGGAUAUUAGGGUUAGGGUUUUCUUUCUCUUCUCGUUUCUCUUUCCCUCAACCUUCCUGACCACGGCCAUUAUUAUGCUGUGGUAGAAAGGAAGGAAAAUAAUUAGAACAUCUACUUCAGUGGCAGAGUACUUGAUAUAAAAACCCCAGAAACCCCAGCUUUCUGGGUUGUCCAUUGGCUGUAGAUCCAUGACAAUGGAUGCCAAGCGAAAGGAGGGAGAAGGAGGGGUAGUGGAAAUUGUAGAGGAAGGUAACGUGCUUGGCGCUUCGAACCAACCGGACAAGUUGGAUGUGGUUGAAGAACUAGUGGGGGUGGUUGAGUCAGUGGCUCGGUUUGGAGAUUACCGAAGGACGCAGAGGAAAGAAUGCUGUGGUAUAGUUAGGCGCAUGAAGGUCUUGUUGCCGCUUUUUGAAGAGAUCAGGGACCUCGAAAAGCCGCUUCCGGAGGCUGGUGUUGCUUGGUUGUGCAAUUUGAAGAAGGCUUUUCUCAUGGCAAAGAAAUUAUUGAAAACCUGCAAUGAGGGUAGCAAGAUCUAUCUGGCAUUGGAAAGCGAGGCGGUCACAGUCAAAUUUUAUGCCGUUUAUGAAAAAUUUAGUCAAGCUUUGGAUGGUUUCCCUAGCGAGGCGCUUGAGGUCUCGGAUGAAAUGAAAGAGCAGAUUGAGCUAAUGAGUGUGCAACUUAGAAGAGCAAGGAAGCGAACGGAUACACAGGACAUAGAACUAGCAAUGGAUAUGAUGGUGGUGUUUUCUAAAACGGAUGACCGGAAUGCUGACAGUGCCAUAAUAGAACGAUUAGCAAAUAAACUGGCGCUGCAUACCAUUGAGGACCUCAAGAUAGAGACAAUAGCUGUGAGGAACCUUGUUAGAGAAAGAGGAAGGCAAAAUGCAGAGACUACCCAACAGAUCAUUGAUCUUCUUAACAAAUUCAAACAAGUUGCAGGCAUGGAAGUCACAAAUGUUCUUGAAGAUCCUGUAAUGCCUAAAAUGCUUGAGAAGUGCACAUCUUUGAUUAUCCCUCACGAGUUCCUUUGCCCGAUCACACUUGAGAUAAUGACGGAUCCUGUUAUUGUUGCAAGUGGACAGACAUACGAGAGAGAGAGCAUACAGAAGUGGUUCGACGCCAACCAUCGGACCUGUCCGAAGACAAGGCAAACUCUGGUUCACCUAUCUCUAGCACCAAAUUAUGCUCUUAAAAAUCUGAUCUUGCAGUGGUGCGAGAAGAACAAUUUUCAGCUUCCUAAGAAAGACAUUUGUGAGUGCCAGGAGGACUCCUCAGCACAACUCAAAGAGGAAGUCAUGUCUUUGGUUGAAAGACUAUAUUCUAAUCUGUUGGAAGUGCAGAGAAAGGCUGUAAAGAAGAUCCGUAUGCUCUCAAAAGAGAAUCCCGAGAACAGAGUUCUAAUUGCUAAGAGUGGAGGAAUCCCGCCAUUAGUGCAUAUCCUGUCCUAUCCAGAUUCUAAAAUUCAAGAACAUGCUGUAACAGCUCUGUUGAAUUUAUCCAUUGAUGAGACUAAUAAGAAACUCAUAUCUAGAAAAGGAGCCAUUCCAUCUAUAAUAGAAGUCUUGCAGAAAGGAAAUAUUGAGGCCAGAGAGAACUCUGCAGCAGCUUUGUUUAGCUUAUCAAUGCUGGAUGAGAAUAAAGUAACUGUGGGGUUAGCAGGUGGCAUUCCACCACUGGUUGAUCUGUUGCAGAAUGGGACAAUUAGAGGGAAAAAAGAUGCAGUCACUGCACUUUUCAAUUUAUCUCUCAACCAAGCAAAUAAGGCCAGGGCCAUUAGUGCUGGCAUUGUGCCCUCCUUACUCCAGUUACUCAAGGACACAAACUUGGGCAUGGUUGAUGAGGCCCUUUCCAUUUUCUUACUUCUUGCAUCACAUCCGGAUGGAAGACAAGAGAUAGGAGAACUCUCAUUUAUUGAAACUCUUGUCGAAUUCAUCCGAGAUGGAACCCCCAAGAACAAGGAAUGUGCAACAUCAGUUCUUCUUGAGUUGGGAUCAAACAAUUCUUAUUUCAUAUUGGCAGCACUUCAGUUUGGAGUAUAUGAGCACUUGACAGAGGUUGCAAAGAGUGGAACCAAUAGAGCUCAAAGGAAAGCAAACACAUUUUUACAGCUGAUAAGCAAGAGUGAACAAAUUCCAUAAAAUCUCCAAUGUGGUUAUUUAGCUUUUCUUUGAUUGAAGUACCCAUGUUCGUAUGAAUGCCUGCAGAGAGCAUUUGUUAUUCAGUGUGUUAUGUAUAUGAAGUGAUAAGAAGAUUGAACAUAUUCCGUAAAGUUACAGUAGUUCUUUU